CCAAAGAUGGCCACGAUAUCUGUCAACGAGAAGUGAAACUUUCCCUUAAGAAUAGGAAUAUACCCCGUCAUUCAACCUUCAUUUGGACUAUUUGUCUCGAAUUGACAUCGAUGCGGUUUUACUGGACAAACAUUAUUAAGCUGUCCAUAGCAAAUCAAUGGAGAAGCUUCAAGACCUCAACCAGUCCGAGUUGCAGGAUUUGCUGGACAACUCGGAACGGGUGGAGUCUAUGGCACUGGAGUCUGAUGAGAUUCAGAACAUUCAGUUGGAGAGGGAGAUGGCUCUGGCUGCCAACCGCAGUCUGGCCGAGCAAAACCUGGACAUGAAGCCCCGUCUCGAAACAGAGAGGGCGCGACUGGUGGGAAAAUACGCUGAACUAGAGAAAGUGAAGGAGAAAUACAAACAGCACUGUGCCGUGAGAGACAGUAUCAUGGGGCAGGUUUCUCCGGAGGGGGUGUUGUCUCGUCUGCAGACAGAGGGCACCAGCACAGAGGAAGAAUCAGAGGUUUUAGCAGAUGAAUUUCUUGAAGGUUCGAUAUCGCUGGACUCCUUCCUCGAACGCUUCCUUUCCCUCCGCUCUCUGGCUCACACGAGACGAGUGCGCAUUGAAAAGCUGCAAGAAAUUCUCAGCCAAAAAAGCAAAGGGAUUGGCGAUGCUACAGUGACAUCACAAACCUGUGCUAAUCAGGACGCUGGCUCAUCAUCACCAUGGCAACAACCGCAGCCUCAACAGCAACAGAGCUCCAAAAUCAGUGCUCCCUCCAAUGCCUCCACGUCUGCUCUGCCCUACACCCCCUACCCGGUUGCUCCCCCUUCAGCCUCCACAGCGGGCACCACUAAUCCUAGAACAGCGUUUCAGCCCUACCCCAGCCAGGGUCCCCCCUUUCCUCCAUCAACAGGCUACACAGCUCCCAGGCCUGCGUUUGGUCCUCCCACUUGCCCUUACCCCACCCAACCACCAUUUCCUGCCCCACCUUUUGGGCAGUUUGGUCCAACGCCUGCCCCGUACUCCGCUCCAUAUGCUUAUGGAGGGUACAACUACCCCACAGGCCCCCAUGGGCCAUCAAACCAGUCACCCACAUCUAGACCGCUUUAUAGGCCAGGUUUUGGGGUACCACAACCAUACUCCUGAGCCACUCUGUGUGUGUCUGUCUUUCUCAUGAUCCUCCCUCUCGUCUCUCUCCCUCUUUUCUCCUCCUGUUCUACCUUUUCCUUACCCUCAGAUUUAGACAUACCCACGUCACAUCCUGUUCCUGUCUGAGGCUUAUAAAGACAAUUGAGUUUGAGCGUGUGCUUGUUUCCCCCAUGAAACCUCAGUCAGAGACUCAAUACGGGACACACCGUCUUAAACGGCUCAGUUGCUGUCCAUUUUAAAGCAUGUUAUCAGUUUGCAAAAUUUUUGAUUUAUUAUAUUUAAGGAAGAGAUGCUUUUUUUUUGACAACAUAGUGUUACAGCUCAAUCAUUUUGUCAAAACUCUACUGAGACAGACAUGCCACACUACAUGAAAGUGUUACAUUAGCGUUAUGCUAAUCUCUUGUCUAUACCGCCACUUGUUGACAACGUCAUUCGAGAAAGCACAGCACCAUUUUCCAUUCCAUCACAGAUGAAAACUCCUUAAAAAGCCAAACUUAUUCGUCAUCAUGAAUAAAUUGACAACUUCCACGUGUGCAGAUUUGGGUGCGGUGCGUCCUGUUAUGAAUGCUUAGUGUACCAGUGUGCCAACCGAUCACUCCAAACCCUCUCAAUACCUCUUUUGCUCCCUCUUUUUUUCCUUUCACACCCUUCCACUCCAUUUAUUUAAUAUACCACAAUGAUUGGAAGAAAUAGACUUUUACUGUAAGUUCUCUAGCGGGGACGGUGUACUUAACCAAUUAAACUAAUAUUAAAGGGAAGCCGGAGAACAAGGGAUAUUAAUAUAGACAUAUCUAUCUGCUAUAGCACAGGAUUUGGUGGUGCAGUUGAGGCAUAACAUAGCACAGAGCAUAUGCAAAGAAAAUAGGAGUUUCAUAACAUGCUUACUUUAGUAAAUAUAGCAUUCUGCGCCUACCGUUAAUGUAGAUAGACCUUUUGUGGUAAAACUAUGCAGA